UAUAAAUACGCUGGACGAACGCAGCUCACGGGCUGGCGGUGCUCAGCAAAGGGAAGAUAGAGAGGUAACCGGCUGAAAUUUGACUCGACGUUCUGUAAAAAAAGGAACACCAAACAGCUACAGGAAGGAUGGCCAAGCCGCUGACAGACCAGGAGAAGAAGAAGCAGAUCUCGAUCCGGGGGCUGGCCGGAGUGGAAAGCGUUGCAGACCUGAAAACCAAUUUCAACCGGCAUCUCCACUUUACCCUGGUGAAGGACCGAAAUGUGGCGACCAAACGGGACUACUACUUCGCCCUGGCCAACACAGUCCGGGACCACCUGGUGGGCCGCUGGAUCCGGACGCAGCAGCAUUACUACGAAAAAGACCCCAAACGCGUCUACUACCUCUCCCUGGAGUUUUACAUGGGCCGGACUCUGCAGAACACAAUGGUUAAUCUUGGUUUGGAGAAUGCCUGUGAUGAAGCCAUUUACCAGCUGGGUCUGGACAUGGAAGAGCUACAGGACAUGGAGGAAGAUGCUGGCCUAGGCAACGGUGGGCUGGGUCGUCUUGCUGCUUGUUUCCUGGACUCCAUGGCCUCUCUGGGUCUGGCUGCUUACGGAUAUGGCAUUCGCUACGAGUUUGGCAUUUUCAAUCAGAAACUCGUCAAUGGCUGGCAGGUGGAGGAAGCUGAUGACUGGCUGCGCUAUGGUAACCCCUGGGAGAAAGCUCGCCCUGAGUACAUGCGCCCCGUGCACUUCUAUGGACGAGUGGAACACACGAAUGAAGGAGCGCAGUGGGUUGACACACAGAUGGUUCUGGCACUUCCUUAUGACACCCCAGUCCCUGGCUACAGGAACAACAUCGUCAACACUAUGAGACUGUGGUCUGCUAAGGCCCCCUGUGACUUCAACCUCAAAGACUUUAAUGUUGGUGGCUACAUCCAAGCUGUGCUGGACCGAAACCUGGCUGAGAACAUCUCCAGAGUUCUCUACCCAAAUGACAAUUUCUUUGAAGGGAAGGAGUUGCGUCUCAAACAGGAGUACUUUGUUGUAGCUGCAACUCUUCAAGACAUCCUUCGUCGAUUCAAAGCCUCCAAGUUUGGCUCCACAGAGUUUGUGCGGAUGGACCUUUCCACAUUGCCAGACAAGGUGGCCAUCCAGCUGAAUGACACUCACCCUGCUUUGGCCAUCCCUGAGCUGAUGAGGAAUCUGGUGGACAUUGAGAAACUCACCUGGGAGAAGGCCUGGGACAUUGUAGUUCGUACCUGUGCCUACACCAACCACACAGUCCUCCCUGAAGCUCUGGAGCGCUGGCCUGUCGACCUCUUCCACAAUCUGCUGCCUCGGCACCUGGAGAUCAUCUACGAGAUUAACCAAAGGCACCUGGAGCGCAUCGCUAAGCUUUACCCUGGAGACAGUGACCGUCUGCGCCGAAUGUCCCUGAUCGAGGAAGGGGAUGUCAAGAAAAUCAACAUGGCUCACUUGUGCAUCGUUGGAUCUCAUGCUGUCAACGGAGUGGCCCGCAUCCACUCAGAAAUCAUCAAAAACACUGUGUUCAAGGAUUUCUAUGAAGUUGACCCUCAGAAGUUUCAGAACAAGACCAACGGCAUCACACCCAGGCGUUGGCUGGUUAUGUGCAACCCUGGCCUGGCCGAGGUCAUCGCUGAGAGGAUUGGUGAGGAUUACAUCCGGGACUUGGACCAACUGAGGAAGCUUGUGAAGUUUGUGAAUGAUGACGCCUUCAUUCGGGAUGUUGCCAAAAUCAAACAAGAGAACAAGCUGAAGUUUGCCGCCCAUCUUGAAGAACAAUACAAGGUGAAGAUCAACCCCAACUCCAUGUUUGAUGUCCAAGUGAAGAGGAUCCAUGAGUACAAAAGACAGUUGCUCAACUGCCUGCACAUCAUCACACUGUACAACCGCAUCAAAAAGGAGCCCAACAAGUCAUGGAUACCCAGGACAAUCAUGAUUGGAGGAAAGGCAGCUCCAGGUUACCACACAGCCAAGAUGAUCAUCAAGCUGAUCACAUCAAUUGGAGACAUUGUCAAUAAUGACCCAGUGGUGGGAGAUCGCCUCAAGGUCCUCUUCCUAGAGAACUAUCGUGUCACUCUGGCUGAGAAGGUCAUCCCUGCUGCUGACCUGUCCGAACAGAUCUCCACAGCAGGCACUGAGGCCUCUGGCACCGGGAACAUGAAGUUCAUGCUGAACGGUGCCCUCACCAUCGGCACCAUGGACGGAGCCAAUGUGGAAAUGGCAGAGGAGGCUGGAGAGGGGAACCUCUUCAUCUUUGGCAUGAGGGUGCAUGAUGUGGAAGCUCUAGACAAGAAGGGCUAUGAUGCCAUAUCCUACUACAACCGUAUACCUGAGCUGAAGAAGGCCAUGGACCAGAUAUCAGGAGGCUUCUUCAGCCCCAGCCAGCCUGACCUCUUCAAAGACCUUGUCAACUUGCUGAUGCACCAUGACAGGUUCAAGGUGUUUGCAGACUAUGAAGACUACAUCAAAUGCCAAGACAAAGUCAGUGCACUCUAUAAGAACCCCAAAGAGUGGACCAAGAAGGUCAUCCAUAACAUUGCCGGCUGUGGUAAAUUCUCCAGUGACCGCACCAUUUCCCAGUAUGCCAAGGAGAUCUGGGGAAUGGAACCCAAUCUGGGGAAGAUCGCUGCUCCUGAUCAUCUUCACUAAAUGACGACAUCUGCUUCUUCCACCUCACUAUAGCUCACCAUGUGGUCCAAACAUGACAGAUAAACCCUCUAGCUUUUUCACUGUAUACUGUGGCAUUAUCUCUUUACAUGAUUGAUUCCUAUAUGACUUCUCUUACUUCCAGUUAAUCUUGCAUGUAUUGAAGUAGGCAAAGCAUAUUCUCACUGUUGGGUGAAGACUGCCAUGUGAGACUGUCAGCAGCUGAGAAGGAGCUAGAUUUCACCUUAGAAUCAUGAAAUUCUUUAGCUGGAGUGAAAACCUUAAUGAUGCACUUCCUUAUUUUGUCAUAGUACUUAGUAGUCCCCCUGUUUUCCAAGAUGUUUGGAAAUUCAAGUUAAAAAGAACUGAGUGCUAUAACAAAAUCAGGGAUUGUAUCUUAACCAAACUUGUACUUUGGACCUGAACUAACUACAUUCCUCUCUAGUUCCGAGGGCGAAUGGCUACCAAAACCUAACAAAAAUGCCAUUUAACCUCAGCACUGUUUUGAUUCUAAACCAACCAGUGUCUUGGAUGGAAGAGAGAAGGGACCCAGUGGUUAAUGUGCACCAUUCUGAUUGGAUGGUGUUAGAGAGAAGCAAUGUCUCCAUGUUCACAGCAAAAAAAUGCUCAUAAUAAAAGCCUCCAACUGGUCUGUCGGUGUUUUUCUAGUGUUUGCUGAAUGUAUCCAUUUGUGUGUUUAUCAGUAAUAGUCAGGGGAGUCCAUCAGUUUAUCUUUGAUCUCAGCAUGUUUGUGUAUGUCUCAUUCUCUGCCUCAAACCUAAAUGACUGAGUUUAUCUUUGGAAGAUGAGUGUAGUUGUGUGUGUUAACAUAGAGUUCAUGACACUGGAUAUUGGCUUGAUCAGUGUACUGUAACAACAAACUGAUUGCUGUGGUGCUUCACUAGGAACUGUCCACGAUAAUGAACCUAACAUUUUCACUGUCGGUGCAUUCCUUUUUUUUUUUAAAUCAAUAAACAAAGCUGUAAUCAACCUUUCAGACAUGUCACUGCGUGCACAGAAAUAAUAGCGUAAAUAAAUAACCCUGCUGACUUGGA